GGAGACGUAGAGCGCACUCUUGCCCAGAGAGGCAGCAUGGAUGGGCUCGUGGAUGGCGCUCUUGGGCGGGUCUUCCAAUACGCAGAAGGAUACGAUGAGUUGCUGGCGUCCAUGUUUGUCUGCAGCCACUGGAGCCGGACCAUCACCUGCAACGCAGACCUGCAAGGCCUACGGCAGGACCUUGCUCGCCGAUGCUGCCUCCCAGAGACGCUGAGUGCAACCUUGGAGGCCGACUGGGUGGAGUUUUGUGCUCAACAGCUGCACUUGCAGACGCUGGUAGCUGGAAAGUACAUGGGCUCCGUGACGCCGGAGAAUCUGCCGCGGCAUGUGCCCCCGGAGGUUGUAGACUGGGAGCAGCCCAUGGACGCCGUGGCAGACCUCUGGCCCAUGACCACCGCGGAACGCGGCGACGGCAAGUCCUCGGUCGGAAAGGUGCGGCACCGCUUCGUGGGCCACGAGCAGCAGGAGCUGUGGGAGAUUGGCUACGAGUGGCUGGUGCUGGACAUCCGGCGUCCCUUUCACAAAGCCCUUUGGAAGCAGAUCCAGCGGACAACGCAGCUGGAGGCGCCGGCAGCUCGCUGGGAAGACGGGGAUCUGCACUGCGGAGUGCGGAGCAGUGCCGAUUUCAGGCCAGCUGUGGAUCCCAGCUUCCUGGACCUAUCCGACAUCAUCUUCGUGAUGUGCCCAGCGGGAGAUGGGGCAAACGACACGGCGGUGUCGUGGUCCUUGAAGCUCUUCGCCCCCUGCGCCUGGAUGCUGUCCAAGCGCUCCAGCUGGUUGGAGCAGCUGGAUCACCAGGCGCGCAUGCGUCACGAAGGCACGGCGGCCGCGCUGGUGCUCGGCACGCAGCUGGAGAAGAGUUUGCGCUUCAGUGAGCUGGAGCAGUGGCAGGAGGUGGGCAAGUCUGUGCCGGAGGCUGCGGCGGAGCUUCCUGCCACCGGCAAGCGGCGGCGGAAGAAGUGCACGGAACCGAGGGAUUUCCGGAGCAGGCGCAACCCCAAGGGCCUGAACCUCUACAUCCCGCGCAGGAAGUCCUCGGAUAGGCAAUAUGCUCCAGGGCCCGGACCAAAGGUGCGUCCAAAGCAGGUUCUCUCCUGCCUGGCGGCCGCGGAGCUGGAGGACUUUGUGACGCAACAUCCGCCCGCGCAGCUGCACGCGGAGCAGCUCUGCGUCCGACUCGGAGGCGCCAUAGAAGUGCCGGACACCAAGGGCCUUUUGGAGGACGCGCUGAGGCUGGAGAAGAGCGGCUCCCUCACCCAGGCCACCGUCGUGCAGCUGGCCAAGAAGUGGCAGAUCCUUUCGGGCAAGUGGCUGCUCUCUGUGCCAGACUGGCGCAUCGACGAGCUCUUCGCCCUCAGCGCGCGGCGCUGGCGCGACGGGGACCUGCCGGGCUGCUGCCAGCUGCAGGUCUUCGCGCCGUCAAACGAGAACAGGUACAUGCUCAGUGCCCACGUGUCGGACUUCACUGACCGACAGUCAGUGAUGUCGCUGGGCAAGUGCCUCCGCGCCGCGGCACGCCAGGGCCUUUGCUGCCCCUCCGGGCGCUGGGGGGAGCUGUUGGACGACCCCUUCGCAUCGCCCGGGAAGAAGGUGUCACUGGUGUUUAAGCCGGAGGUGUUUUCGCGCCUGAACUUGAACAAGAAGAACCCCUACGGCAUCAAGACCACACUGUAUAUGCUGGACCUCUAGACUCGCUGAAGUUCCUG